GAGGGGGACGGGCAGAGGCGCGCGCCGCCGCGCAUGCGCAGAGGGCCCCAGGGCUCAGCGUGCUCCCGCCGCGCCGCCUCGCGCGCCAAUCGGGCGCCGCCCCGCGGCGUCGCGGCCUGUGCGUGCGUACGUCGCCGCGUGCGUGCGUACGUCGCUGCGUGCGUGCGUGCUUGCGCUCGGCGGCGGCGGCGGCGCAGCGUCCCCUGCCCCGAAUGAAAGGGACGGUCCCGGCGAGAGAGCGGCCCUGAGCGACCGGCGGCAGCGGGGGGUGGGGCUGCCCGCGAGCUGCUCCUCCUCUCCCCAGCGCCGCGCCCGCCCGCCUGCCGCACGGCAUUGAGAGGAUUGAAGUGGCAUUCUAAGGUCAUUUAAAAUCAUGACAAGCUCAGUCGGACAGAAAAAAGUCUCUUCAAGACAAAGGAAGUGUGGGUUUUGUAGAUCUAAUAAAGAUAAUGAAUGUGGACAAUUAUUGAUGUCAGAAAACCAGAAGGUGGCAGCACAUCACAAGUGUAUGCUGUUUUCAUCUGCACUGGUAUCUUCACACACUGAUAAUGAGAGUCUUGGUGGAUUCUCUAUUGAAGAUAUUCAGAAAGAAAUAAAGAGAGGCACUAAACUGAUGUGUUCCCUGUGCCAUUGUCCUGGAGCAACCAUUGGAUGUGAUGUGAAAACGUGUCACAAGACAUAUCACUACUAUUGUGCUUUGCAUGAUAAAGCUCAGAUAAGAGAGAAACCAUCACAAGGCAUUUACAUGAUUUUAUGUCGAAAACACAAGAAAACUACGCAUAACUCUGAAGAUUUAGAAGAAAGUAUCAAUGAACAUGAGUUGGAGCCUUCGCCUCCCAAAGGAAAAAGAAGGGGUCGUAAGGGAAAGCCAAGAAAAACAAAUUUAAAAGGGCAAACAGAAGACACUAGAUCUACGUCCUCACAUGGCACAGACGAAAUAGAAAGCAGUUCCUAUAGAGACAGGUCUCCCCACAGAAGCAGCCCCAGUGAUACAAAACCUAAAUGUGGAUUCUGUCAUGCAGGUGAAGAAGAAAAUGAAGCUAGAGGAAAGCUUCAUAUAUUUAAUGCCAAAAAGGCUGCAGCACACUAUAAGUGCAUGUUGUUCUCUUCUGGCACUGUCCAGCUAACAACAACAUCAAGGGCAGAGUUUGGUGAUUUUGAUAUUAAAACUGUACUUCAAGAAAUCAAGAGAGGAAAAAGAAUGAAAUGCACACUUUGCAGCCAGCCUGGUGCUACAAUUGGGUGUGAAAUUAAAGCCUGCAUCAAAACGUACCAUUACCACUGUGGAGUAGAAGACAAAGCUAAAUACAUUGAGAAUAUGUCACGAGGAAUUUAUAAACUCUAUUGUAAAAAUCAUAGUGGAAAUGAUGAAAGAGAUGAAGAGGACGAAGAAAGAGAAAGCAAAAGCCGUGGAAAAUCAGGCACUGACCAUAACGACAUUCCUCAGCAGCAGCUCAAUGGAAACUAGGUAUGGAAGUUUGUCCUGACAGAUCUGUURCUGAAACUGAAAUGCAAUAUAUAUUUCACGUAGUUUAUUGCAGUAAAAUAUUUAAAUCUAGUGUAUGCAGAUAUGUACUUUUUAUGGGCAUACUGUAGAAAAAUGGGGAGGAUUUUUUUAAUCCAGCUGACUUCUAACUGUAAGAAGGGAGGCCCUCAUUUCUGUUCCUAAAUGUAGAUGUAAUGUCAAAGCUGCUAAAUGCUUUUUUGUAUGAUUUUAAAUUUACUAUUGUUUUCAUCGUUUUUUAAACAGGUUCAAGGGACAGAGUUAUAGAACUGGGAUGGCUAAGACAUCAUAACUACUAAUUCUUUUAAAUUGUUUUCUAAAAUCAGAAAAGGGUUAGUAACUUUUUACUACCCAACUCUGUUAGAAAUUUCAUUGAACUGCCUGAAACGUUCAUGUGUGUGAGCCUUCAGUAAGUGGCAGAGUUUUACAUGUCAAUAUUAUGUAGUUUGUAGUCUGCAGUGUCUGGAAACAAAAAAAAGAAACACUAUAUAAACGAUAUGUAAUAUGUACAGUGUCAAAAGUUAAGGCAGACAUUGAAAUGAAGUAAGAUCUAUAUUUCUGGAAUGAAUAAAAACCUUAAGAUUUGGAAUGUGUUAAGUUUAGUGGAUUCAUGCAAUGAGGGAGAGUCUUAGCUAGUUUAAUUAACAACGUGGACAAGUUCAUGGUGGCAGCAAGCUGGUACUUUGUGAAUUUUACAUUUUCUUUCAUAUACAAGUUACGGAGGCUGGACGUGGGAGAGUCGCGCUCUGUUUUUGCUUGCAAAGCACACGGUAGGAGAGGACUGGGUGUGCACCGGAGCACGCUUGAACAUUUCAGGUUGUUCCCGUUGUGAGUGCUCAUUCUGCCUGACAUUGUUGGCGGGAGAUUUACUUGAGCAGCUGUUGGUUCUGAGCUGUGAGCUGUAGAACUCAUGCCAAAGGGCUGUAGUUCAUUCUUCCCCCCGACAACCCACCUUCUGCAUCCCUCAUUUCCCCAGAACACUUCACUAAGUGUGAUUAAAAGUUUAUUAUACCAACGUCUUUGGACUCUGCAACCCAAUCUUACUUCAGAGUUACAAUGCUAACUCACUAUGGAAUUUAGCCACCAUAUCUGAUGUCCAUACCUCAGGUGUUCUCUGUUGUGUGGAACACUUCAUGUUUUGUCCAGAAUAUGCAUAGAGGUCCCAUAUUCUGUGAGAAGAAUGAGGAAACAGCCUUGGUUCCUAGAUUGGUAUUUAUUUUUUCAUCUUAUGACCACUAUAUGAGAAACUUUGCUUAUCAUUUUUAUUGUUUUAGUGUUUUUUCUUUCUUUCUGUCAAGUCAGCAAUCAUGUUAUGGAAUUCUCCUUGCUAGAGUUUGAUAUUCCAGUAGGGAAUAAUCAAAUCUAGUUUAUACCAAACCUGACAGAUCAGUCCUCUGACUGCUUUCAAAACACCUUGCCAUUUCUAAUGGCUGUUAGCUUCUCAAUUGGUCUGUUAAAGCACAUUCUCAGACAUCUCUUAAGUAAAACCAAAAAGCAAAAGAGCCUAGUCCACAAGUUUGUUGCUGUUGUAUCRCAUCGUUUAGGGUUUUGACCUGUUUAACUCUGAACUCCCAACAAAACGUCUGGAUUUAAAGGAAGGAAAUGAGCAAAAUUCAAUGAUUUAACUAUAAUCUGCUACAGUUCUUCUGUGAUGGGUAUUGCAAAACCAGUUCAUUUGUAACAUGAGUUUCUGUAGCAUUUUUUACUUGUAUUUUUUWAAAAAUUUAACAUGUGUCAUUGUCUUCUUAUGCAUUCCCUUAAUGUCUUGAGGGACUCAAUUACUGUAUAUUAGUUUCUAACAUUUUACUUGUUAGAAUUCAAUUUGUUUGCUUUCCUGGGGAAUAAUGCAGUUUUGGAAAGAAAUAUUGCUGUGUACAGAAAAUAUUCAGUUACUGCUCUAAACAUGAUGCCAUUGAUCAUUUUUAUUUUGUAUUUGUAACUUUCAAAAUUAAAAGUGUGACUUGAAUUGCAAUGACAGAUCGAUUAUUGAAAUUGUCUAUCAGGGUGUUUAUUUCUUCUAGACUAUAAACAUUUUUCAGCCACUCAGAACAGUCUUAGAAUGCAAAAUACCAUCUUUCAAUGUUGAAAUUGCUUCUGGGUUUGUGCCUCGGACAUGGCUCUCCCAUGGAAUAAAGGCACUUUGCAGCUACUGUAUUUUUAACCAAGAUUGGAUGACAGAUCCAUGGGGUAGAUCUGCCAGCAUACUAAUUGUAUUGGAGACUGAGCUUCAAAUCACUGUCAGUUGUUUAAUAUGUCAUUUGGUAAUUCAUCUGAUGUGAAAUAAUGCAUGCCAUUCCAUGUCACUGAGAAGCAGAACAGCACUUUAUACCUUUGGGUAGCAGAAGACUAAGUGGCUGGUUUACCUGCUACCUCUUUGUGCUGAUACAACCUAAACUGUCAUUAAUUGAUAGGAACUGAAAGUCAGAAGCCGAAAUCUUUUUGUCUGUAGCCUCAAACUUGUCAUAACUGACUUCAGCUUGUCACGUAUGCUGGGUAAAAGUGCCUUACGAUGUAAAAAUUGUAUUUAUAUGUUCCCAAGUAGCAUCACCUGCUGGGGAGUAAUUCUGUUGUGGUGUUAAUAUUUAGAAGAAAUGUACCUCAGCAGUGUAUUUACUGUACAUCUCUUAUGUCCUUAAUUGUAGUUUUAAAAAGCAUGACAAUGUAUGAUAGGUAUAAAACAUUUACAUCAUUUUUUUAAAAGACAAAAUACUGCCAUUGCUGUCUUUUUAUGCAUAUUUUAGCUUGGGAUUUCAGACUGUCUGGGGCUUUUUGGUUUUUUWUUUUUUUUUUUUUUAAGCAGUGUAAUCUUUGCAAGCAUAUAUUAAAGGUUAUUCUGGAGCAUCUCCUGCCUUCCCAGAAAUGUUAGAAGUAAUGAAAGUGCUCUAUAGGUGAAAUAGGUAUGUUUAAAUUAGCUAGUUAAAUUAAUACAAUAAAUUUGUUCCUAGGAUUUUUCUUUUUAAUAGGCACCUUCUGCUUUCAUCUCACAAUCAGAAAACUCUCUCUAUUCUAAGAGAACUUGUCAUAUGAAAUGGAAUUCACUUUUUUGGCCUCUGGGCUUUCUGUUUCCCUCUCCCCCACUUUCACAAGAGUAGGAUGUCCCGUUUAAGGACUCCUGGCACGCUCUGGUAGUGGCAGGGUCUGCCCAGCUCCCUGUGGCACCUAGGGGAGGCCGGUGCCAAGGAAGGCCGGGCUCAGAACAGCACUGCCCAGAUGCCCCGAGGGUCCCGCUGGUGCCGUGCCCGGUGCCAGGGCAGGAUCAAGCACAGCAGGAAGCUCUGCUAUCCCUCCAUCCUGCAGAGCAGUGAAAGGUGCAGUUCCAUUCCACCCUCUGUGUGGCUCGCGAGGGGGAUGGAAUAGAUCAGGUGUCCAAAAGGUCCCUUCCUUCAGCAGAUGUUGAUACGCAGGAGCUGCUGUGGUGACUCUCUAGCAGGAGUUACACCAGCUUAACUCCUGCAAGGCAGGAGUCCCUAAGUCCAUCACACUCCACAAAGCCUGAUCUUCAGAUACAAAGAGCUGUGCUGAUACAGGAAAGUACCAUUUUACUGAAUUUGGCCCUGAAUUUCUGCUAUUAGUAGACAAGAGAUGUAAUUUAAGGGAAUAGAACUUGCUGCUUGUUGUUGCCUUUAUGAAGAAUAACUUUUUUGCACCAGAGCAGAAGAUGGAAUGAUACCUUUUUGAAAUAUCUGACUUAUCUGGCAGGUGUGAUAAUCAGUGCCUUCCAAAAAAGAUUAAUAUGAUGAAUCAGAUUGACCAAAAAAAAUUAGUUCUCAUUAGAUGAAACUAAUCUUAAAAGAACUGAAAAUACAUUAUAACAAAUAGUAACUCUUUUCCAUGUCACCAGAAGCAGAACUGUAUUAGUGAUGGAGGUUUAAAAAGAAAAUAAUGAACACAGCUCUUAAUUUAUAUAUACUUGUUGAAGCAAUUUCUAUA